UGUGCAUGGGUUAAUGCCUGUGUUAACGAUGUGUGUGUGUGUGUGUGUGUGUGUGUGUGUGUGUGUGUGUGUGUGUGUGUGUGUGUGUGUGUGUGUGUGUGUGUGUGUGUGUGUGUGUGUGUGUGUGUGUGUGUGUAUUUGGGUGCAUGUGUACGGUAUUCCAGGGGCGCCACGCAGUACAGCAGAGCUUGCUGCGUCCGCCCUGCUGGCCAUACAACUGGACCAGCAGUACAACGGGGAGCCCGUUCAGGUCCGCGUGCCCAUGGGCAAGGAACCACUCCACCUCAUGGCCAUCUUCAAGGGGAAGAUGAUCAUUUAUGAGGAAGGGAGCUCCAGAGAGGGGUCGGCCUACAAACCCCCCGCCGUGCGUCUGUUCCAAGUGCGAGGCACCAACGACUUCAACACCCAGGCCAUAGAGGUCUCGGCCCGCAGCGCCUGCCUCAACUCCAAUGACGUGUUUGUGCUCAGCACUGAAAACUCCUGCUUUCUGUGGUAUGGAAAGGGCUGUAGCGGUGAUGAGCGGCUGAUGGGUAAAUCCCUGGCCGACAUUAUCUCCAGAAGAGAGAAGCUUGUCAUCGCCGAGGGCCAGGAGCCCGACCUCUUCUGGGUCAGCCUGGGCGGCAAAACGCAGUACGCCAACAGCAAGAGACUCCAGGACGGCCUGAACAGCGUCACCCCGCGGCUCUUUGAGUGCUCCAACCAGACGGGCCGCUUCCUGGCCACCGAGAUUACAAACUUCGACCAGGAAGACCUGGACGAGGACGACAUCAUGCUCCUCGAUAUAUGGGACAUGGUGUGCCUGUGGAUGGGGAGGGGGGCCAAUCCCGUCGAGAGGGACGCUGCCGUGACGACGGCCCAGGAAUAUCUGCGUUCGCACCCGGCCGGCCGUGACGUCGACACGCCCAUCGUCCUGAUCAAACAGGGCUUCGAGCCCCCGACCUUCACCGGAUGGUUCCAUGCCUGGGACCCUCAGAUGUGGAGCGGAGGAAAGUCUUACUAUGAGCUGAAGUCUGAACUCGGAGAUGCCACUGACAUCAUCAAAAUAACAGUGGACAUGGCGACGGCGCCCACCACACCGGGCAAAGGGCCUAGCAAAGGGAUGGGAAUCCUGACUCCGUCGGCCGCAGCCCCCUUCCCUGUCGAGCAGCUGGUCCACAAGCAGAAUGAGGAUCUUCCAGAGGGAGUUGAUCCAACCAGGAAAGAGGAACACCUCAACAAUGAGGACUUUGCACUAGUGCUAGGGAUGUCUCGAAUGGAAUUCUACUCCAUGCCAACGUGGAAGCAGCAGAAGCUGAAGAAAGACAAGGGACUCUUUUAGAGAGAGGUCUCUUCUUGUACUUUGCUGGCUAGAUCUUUAAUGAUGAAUUGUGUGUUAACAGAGAGUUGACAGUAUGGAUAUGCAGAAGUGUUUUGUUCAUUUAAGAAGGAAGACAUUUAUAUUCUGUAGUGUACGAUGAAUAAACUGAUUUUGAUGUAGGGCGUAAAAUGAGGGGAAGAUGAGGUUUCACGUGUCACUCGUUUUGUUUUAAGUAUGCUGCUGAGUGUGGGAAUAAUGUAAAGACAAUCCUUUUCAAUCACUGUUUUUUUUCAGGCAUGAACUAAAAACCCUUUUGUGUGCUUGCCUCAUAAUCUAGCGUAUACAUGAUGUUUGUUUUAUUUAACACACAUUUGUGUAGUCUUGUGUAGUAAAUUAUAUAGUAUGCCUACAAAAAUCGCACCAAGUAAGUUGGUUUUCAUACAUUUUGCUUAAAAAUGGAUUCUACAUUUUUAUUUCCAGGUACGAUAUUAAAUGUUUGAAUAAUUUAAUUCCAUCAUUCAAUGCGAAUGAAGCAAGAUAGUCUCAAAUAUAUAUCACCGAAGUUAUUUUAACACCUUUAGAGAAGGUUUCCUAAAGCUUAGUUAGUGAAAUACUAAAAUAUUGAUUUCUUUCUUUGAUAAGAAAACAGUUUAGGUUAAAUGUAUUAGAACAACAUGUUUAUGUUUCUAUGUAGGUCUCAUCUACAAUAACAUACUACUAGCUUCUCUGUGUCUGACUGUUUAUGUUGAAUGUAUUAGAACAACACGUUUAUGUUUCUAUGUAGGUAUAGUCUACAAUAAAAUACGACAAGCUUU